UUCAGAACCCUCCCUUUUACAAAACACCGCGAACAGUUCCGCGCACCACGCUUAGGCGAUUUGCAGUCUCCCCUCUUGCCGGAACCCCAGAUCCCACUAAUCUCCGACAAGAAUAAGAGGACAAGGGGGUUGCCGGCAACGGUCGAUCUCAUUCUCCUCCAAAUCGCCUUAAAGGAUAGUAUGGAGAAUGGAGCUAUGGUAUGUGAUUUGCAGACAUGUGGAGAAGAGAUUUCUUGGAAGCAGGACUUGGAGAUUUUCCAAUCUCAAGUUGAUGCACUGCGGGACAAGUUAUUGGAGUUAAAAGUUGGCAUUCAGUGCUCAGAAGAUGAUGCAAAGAGUGAGCUGGAUAUUCUUUGGUGUAAAGUUGGAACUAUUUCAACAUUGCUCACUUUUCUUAAAUCUAAGGCUAGAAAUAUGGCAGUUAUGCAUUUAUCCCAGUGUUCUUGUGUGACAAAACAUGAUGGAGCAAAGCUUACCAAUGUACAUGGUGCAGCCUUAUUGGAUUGUUCCAAGGUUUUGAAUCCUUCUUUUGAAAUUCUAGCAAAAGAAGCUUCAUUAACUAGUAAUUUUAAGCUUGGAUCACUUGAAGCUAAUGAUCGAGCAUAUACUGGAGAAGUAUUGAAGUCAGUUGGCAUGGUCACAGAUAUUAUGGAGUCACUUGUUAAAAGGGUCAUCAUUGCAGAAACUGAAGUUGUUAAUGAAAAAGAAAAAGUAAAUUUAGGGUUGACAGAACUUAGGAGGAAGGCACUACAAAUUGAGAGAAUGUCAACAAAGGUUAAAGAGAUGGAAAACUUUGCAGCUUGUACGAAUGAGAAGCUUAAUGAGAUGAGGCAAAAGGUUGAACAUAUGGUGCUAGAAACAUCCAGGCAGAAGCAGCACGCAGCUGAAAAUGAGCAAGAGCUUUCUCGCGUGAAGCAAGAUUUUGAAAUGCUGAAAUCCUAUGUUAACAAUCUCAUACGAUCCAGAGAGGAAGCACUUUCACCAGAAACUCACAUGCUAACGAGGGAUGUUUUUGAUAGGCUUAUGGAGAAGAAUUCACGCCUUGAAAAUGAAACGGUGCAGAAAGAGGCUGAAGUUCAGAAACUCAUGGAUGAGAAUGUUAGAUUAAGGAAUCUCCUAGACAAAAAGGAGGCCCAGUUGCUUGCCAUGAAUGAACAGUGCAAGUUCAUGGCAUUGAAUAAGCCUGGAAUUUAGUACAUUUUUCAUUUCUGCAAUUUAUGACACUGUAUCCAGGUGGUGCUGUGUAACAUAGGAUUUCUAUUAUGGAGCUUGCUUGUUAACUGGACAACCCCAGUGUAAUUAAGAAACUCUUCUUUGUAAAUAAAUCAUUUCUCCAUCAAUUGAAACACAUGCAGAAAUUUUUGAACUAGUUUUCAUGUGUCCUUUAUAUGAUAUCAACAUCAGAUUUGUGUACAGGUAGUGAGCACUUGUGUAGAAUGGUACAGGUGCUCUACCUGUGUAUCAGAUGAUUUAUUUGCUCAUGUAAAGUACACAGGUGGCUUCCUGUAUUCAUGUGAGGGAGAAAAA